AUGGUUCCCGCGGAGAAAGAGCUCUUGCUGAAGCUUCUCUCUGGAUGGUACUUUACUGCGGGCAUCGAAUACGGACUCUACUUCAGUUCCAUUUAUUCGCGCCUAGUCGAUGAUCUAGGUGCUCAACAAAGCCUUUUUGCCUAUGUUAUUGCUGUAUUUCCACUGGCCGGUGCCCUCCUUGCCACUUUUAUUGGCAAACAUACGGACAAACGCGGCUCCAUCGACCUGACAAUCAUUUUUGGCCUGUUUUCCUCAAUCCUCGGCAAUCUGAUUUACUGCUUCGCCUCGUCCGGACUUUUUGUCAUCCUUGCGAGAUUCGUGGGUGGCAUCGGAAAUGCCAUCGACGGAGCAAUAAUGGGCUUUGCUGGCCGUAUUGUCCAUCCAGAUGACCGUGGCGCUACAUUCGCUCGUCUCCUAGUCGCCAAGCAAGUGGGUACUAUAUCCUGCCCAGCGUGGGUUGCGAUAAGUAAGAAGCUCAUCAAGCCAAUACUGUUCAAAAACGUCUCAAUUAAUGUUAUUUUCGCCUGCAUUAUAACGCUAAUGUGGCUCCUCGUUCUACUUGGGGCUUUCUACGUUUUCUUCGUACGCAAGCUUGCAUCAAAGCCUUCUGAAGCCGUAUCAGCAGCACUAGAAACUACCGCUUCAGUGGAGCCUGAUCCAAGCUCAAAUCUUGUCGACGAAACCACGACGCCUGCAAUCGAAGACGCUGCUUCAAAAAUUCUUCCGAAUUAUAUUAACGAGCCCUUUGUUGUGGCGAAUAUGGCCGUUUUCAGUUCAAUUUUUCUUCAAGCUUCUAAUGAAACCCUCGUAACACCGUUCAAUAAGUCUUAUUUCGGCUGGGGAACCAGCCAAAACGCCUUAGAAUUUAUGAUGAUCGGCUUCUGCGCGCUCAUCGGAUACAUGUUUGCUAAAUAUCUUAUGGCCACUCUAGAAUCAAGGCCAAGAGUGGAUCCAAAGAAAGUUUUUGGUGCUGGGGUUGGCGGAUGUGUAUUCGUCUGCUUUUUCACUGCCGUUGUGUUAGCUCUCGCAAGCUUCCGUGCGACCUGGGUUUACACUUGCAUCGCACUCUCCAUUCUUAUUUUCUGCAUAACUUUUCCUUUAUCAUUGGUUUCAUCGGCUUCUAUAAUUGCCAAAAAUACGCCUGAGGAAUAUCAAAGCUUUACGCAGUCGAUUCGCGUCGCUUCAGAGAAAAUCGCCCAAGUUCUUGCGCCAUUAUGGGUCGGUGGACUCCUUCCAGCCGAAACGAAUGGAUUGAAAGGAGUCUUGAUAAUGGCGCCGUCGAUUUUCUUCUUCAUUUUCACUUCUAGCGCGCUUUGUUCCGUCUGGCAGUAUCUGUAA